GUGAAAGCGGAAUACUUCAUACUCCGACCCGUCCCAAGUACAUGAGCUAAACAAAGCUCGAGUGACACCACGCACUAACAAACGCGUGAUAGCUUCUUUAGGCAAAAUAAAAGCAUUCCAGUAUUAUCCCCUUCUUUACCAGGAAACACAACAGAAAGUGAACAAAAUAGAAACCCAUUGAAGAAAAAUCAAAGUCCAAAAAAGCCAUCAAAUCAUACCCAAAAAAAAAAACACCAAUUCAAUAUGGCACAACCCAAGCAACAACCACUCCAAAUACCCCAACAAAAUCAAUCGCCAAUAAUCCCCUCAAAUUUUCUCAUAAAAAUCAUGAGCAAAAGACGUACAUGGGUUAUUCUCUUCAUCUCUGUAUACACACUACUACUAUCCAUUUCUUGGAACUUUCUUAAUUCUGUACUUUCUUGGUACGAAUCAACUGUGUCAGAAAAUUCUGGGUGGCCAGCUUUAUAUGCAUCUGUGUUAUUAGGUUUAGCUUUUGGCGUAUUGUCGAUGGUGGCUGCUUUAGCUGUUGCUGUACCUGCUACACUUGUUACUUGGAUAACUAUUUUGGUUUUGUUAACGUUUGCUGGAAAACCAAGAAGGGAUUUAGUCUCGGAAGGUAAAAAAUUGACUGUUGAUAUUACUAGAUUUGUUGUUAAAGUUUUGAUCAAAGAGGGGAAUGUUGUGGCUGCUCUUUGUGCUAUUAUUGGAUAUUUUGUACUUGUUAGAAGGAAUAAACAAGAUGGAAAUAAUGGUGGUGCUGUUGAUUAUUGACUUCAUUUUGGGUAAUUAGGAAAUUGUAAUUGUAAUUUUGUUUCUAAAUUAGUUUCUAGAAUUUGAUUUUUGUUUUUGAUUUUGAAGAUUCAGGGGGAUUAGGGUUUGUGAAAAGCUCUAUAAGAAGUGUUUAUCUAACCGUAGAUGAAUCAUAAAUGUAGUUUCUACGCAAUGUAAUCUAAUCAUGUAUUUGUGAAAUGGGAUAUUGGCCUCCAUUAUGUA